CUCUGCCUAAGUCCAGCAACAAACAACAAAACUGCAACCUUUCGCUCGCGGUCCGCUGCAAACAACGAUGUAAACAAAACUCAGCUGUCAGUUGAAACUUUUCGCCCAACACACACAGCAGAAAGACAAAAAAAAAUUGCAUUUCUUUCUUCCAGUGGUUUUUUCUCCACCGUUUGCUUACAUUUAUGUGUGCUUCAUGAGAAGCAAAAAAGUGGGUGUGAAGAAAAGCACCAGCCAACCCACAAACCGGAAGUAAGCGGAGCCAAACCAGCAGGCAGCAGGUCCCGCGCUCUUCAGACAGAAGCGGCUGAGCUGCACCGUGCAAGCCGUUCCGAUUUGGCUUAUCGUUCGCGGAAGCAAACCGAUGGAGAACGGCAGAAUGUGCAGCAACUUGUCGGUACGGGUCCGAUAAAGGAAAGUGAAAACAAACCCACCCAACCCCGAGGGGAAACCGGAAGUAUUGUACAGCGCAUCGUGUUUCGUGCUGAUCGGGCGCAUUUAUUAGUCAUCCUCCUCCAGUAGUCUUGCUCAGCAAUUUGUCUCGAAACGAUGCAAAACCAAAAACCGGUACUACACAUUCUGGUGGUGGGUUUUCAUCACAAGAAAGGAUGCCAGGUCGAAUUUUCCUACCCACCGCUCGUGGACGGUACCGAGGGCAAAAGCGAAUGCCCGUCCGGUUGGAAGUAUCUGCCCACGCUUGCCCUUCCGGAUGGGUCACACAACUUUAGCAACGAUUUCGUGUGCUUCAAUCUGCCGAGCCUUACCGAUCCGGAACAGUCCGUGUACGGUAUUUCCUGCUACCGGCAGAUUGCGCUCGAGGAGGUAAAGAUACGGACGGCCGACCUAACGCGCAGCACGGUACAGAAAUCGGUCUGCACGCUGCUAUCGCUACCGAUCUACGGUUACGUCGAGGUAAAGCUGUCCCUGAUCGCACAGGCGUUCUUCGAGCAGGGUGACUUCUCCUCCACCGACAUACUGGUGAAAGCGUACGAACAGCUAAACGCUUGCCUGACAUCGCUCGAACCGCAGGAAAUUGGCUCGACACGGUUACACUUUGUCGGUGUACCGUUGCGAGAUUUACUGCUAAAAUGGCGGCACAAAAUUUUAAUCCUGUUCAAGCUGCUCCUACUACAGAAGCGUGUGGUUUGCUUCGGUUCGCCCGUACAUCCGACGUGUGCUCUCAUCCUGGGCAUUGCCUCACUGCAUCCCGAAUUGAUAAGCAAAGGCUUUCAACAGGUGGCUUGCGUCAAAACUUCACGACCCAUGUCGCCGAUGCCUACCUUCAGCACACCGGUUGAGGAACAGAUCGGCGAUGCAACGCCGUCACCCUUUAAACUUAGCCCCGCAAUACCGAAGAUACUGACCGAGCAGGAACCGGACGCGGAACAGCAGGAACCAUUAGUCACCGGCCGGGAUGCGGACGAACUGAUCGAUGGCGAUGGGAGAAGCAUCGCGAGCGCUAAGGAAGCGCACCUAGACGAAACGGUUUCCUCCAGUCCUUCGUCCGCCUCGUCGAUGGAGGCGCCCGGUCCGGGCAAUCCGCGUCCGGCCGCGGGCCCAACGCUACACCGUGACACAAGCGUCGACACGAUAGCGUCCAACUUCUCCAGCCUGUACGCGAUCGAACCAUCCGAGUGGGGUGCACCGUUGCGCAUCUUUCACGAAGGGCAGCUCUGCCUGCCGUACAUCUCGCUGCCGUACAUGGACCUGCUGACGGAUCCGUCCGUCAAGGGGUACAUUAUCGGCGCGUCGAACGUGCUGUUCCAGCACAAGCGUCAGCUGGCGGACGUGAUAAUCGAUGUCGAGACGGCGAUUAUCGAUGUGCUGGACGUGGACACGAAGCGGGAAAUACAGCUCAGCACGGAAGAUUUGCGGUUCGUGGACUUUGUCGUACGGCACGUGCAGACACCGAAGGAGGAUGCGGAAGGUAGCGAAACAUGGAUACGGGAUCAACUGUACGGGUAUAUGGUGGCGUUGCUGAAAACUUCCCUCAACGCAGAUGGUAGCAAAGAGAUUGAACACUUUAACACACACUUUAUGGGCGCGUUUAAAGCGACGCGCUGCUAUGGCGAUUGGCUCGAACGAACCGGUGGUGGCGCUGUGCCAGCAUUCGAAGGACUUGUCGGUGGACAUCCGUUCGCCGGAACGCUCUCUGUCGCCGACAUGAAGCUACGUAUCGCACAAACGAUGCAAAACAGUGAAAGUGGGCGAAAGCUGAAUCAGGCCGUCACCAACACGAGUCGGGCAGUCGGUGGCGCACUGACGACCGCGAAAGGUGCCUUCUCCAGCUGGUGGACAUCCUUCACAGCACCACCGCAAGGUGGGCAGCUAGCGCAGGCAGCAGACCACCAUCCACCGGACACCUCCGAACCCACAUCCGGCGAAGAGAACAGCCCGGGGGAUCACAGCGGUACGGAAUCGGAAUCACCGGAAGCGACCCUGUCGACACCGGAAGCGAAACACAUUAUACCGACUGCCGAACUGUCGACACAACCGGCCACCAACAGUGUGGUCGAAAUUGGCCGGGAAGCGGAACUGCUUGACAGGGGUGGGGGCAGAACGCCCGCCAUUGGUGGGACCGGUACCGACACGGGAAGUAACGUUCCUCGGUGCUUGUCCUAAGCCGAGAAACAGAUCUUAACUAGCAUAAUACUUUUGUUGUUGUUUGAACGGCACAGACAGAUUUGUUUGCGAUCUCAACGCGCGCGGGCGUAACUUGUGAAGGCUUAACCGCUUGCGAUUACACCCCGGGGACGGGACGUUUGGUGGAGCUACUUCCGAUUCGUUUGGUGUACGGACCGGCAUGCUAACCGUAGUCGCUUUUCGGGCACUUUCUUCUGACGUAACCCCUUUGCUCGCUGAUAAAUAAAACUGCGCUCGUACAUAAUUUGCAUUGUAACACAAUCAUCCGGAUUUGCAAUACUAAAGCAGCACAAUCAUAUUGGUACUUGUUAAGCGUUAGCGAAGGACAAUAGCAAUACGCAAAGGUGCCAUGGUUCGUUAGCGGGGGGAAAUCGGGCUGAAAAGGAUCAGUUGAUAAGGAGGCGCUCCGUGUAAACCAACCGUAGGUCGGAAACCGAAUGCGCACCCCGCAGACAGGAGAAUCGAGAGUCAUGCUUAGCUACCCAUUAGGAACAGGGCACGGCUUCUUUAAAGGUCGUCGGUUGCAACAACGACUCAUACGAAUCGAAAGAGAUCAGGUGCGUGUUGAGACUGGUCUAGGUGCUCAACCAGACGCCGGAGAAACCGUCUCAUUAGCGGUAACUCCGGCUUUAUUCUGUAGCGGUUGCUAGUACUCCUACUGAGGAGCGCUGCAAGCAGUAGAUUGCCGCUGGACGCUGGGAGAGUCUCAUUAGCCCUUUGCAGCACCCAGCGGUGGUUUUGAAGCUUAGACGCCUGACUACCCUUAACAGCUGGUGACCUGGAAAUAGUAGGCGAAGGCUCAUGGAGGGUUUAGUUGAUAGCGGAAGCCCAUCAUUACCCACGGGGAUGGUCCCAGGCUAAUGCCUCGUGGGUCUUACAAAAAAGCUACCCAUCGAGUAUAGCUGCGCACAAUCUUGCCGAACACAGGAUACGGGCAACGCAACGCAAAACCAGUCCGUACUAGAUUGCAAAGCACCGAUUGAGAUUUUCGUUCCGCUAGAAUUGCUUUAACCGAAGAACGGGGCAUCAUGUCUAAUAUAAAAAUAAAUUGCAAUGCCACCCUCUGAACCGGCCGGGGGGGGUGGGGUUUGCUUU